CCAAUUCAUCGUUCAUCUAUCACCGUACCAGUCAACGCUAGUCGAAAUAUUGAUUCCGCCUCAUAAUAAAAAAAAAUCUCCAUUUUGCCCACACAGUGCAUGUGCUUCUGGGGGUGCUAAUCGGCUUCUGCAAGAACAAAUCUCCGCGAUAAAUUCCCCACUGGACAGAAGGGAGAAGUCUGACAACAUAGCAUGCUAGAUGAGAGAGAGACCAAGCAAGACAGAGCGAGAGAAAGUUUAAAUAGCGCAAAGUCAAUAAGAGAGCAGGGCGUGCCUAUGCUGCGUAAGAGGCGGUGAUAAGGCUCGCAUCUGACGAUUUUGCUCAAAAAUAUACUCUGAAAGUGAAACAGAGUAACCACACCUACAUUGUACUUUUUCAUCAUGAACUUCAUCACAUCACUGGCACUGAUUGCAGUUGCUUAUGCCAUUUUGUAUGUCAUUGCUCUGCUGUUUGUUGACUGUGACCUUCGGCUGGCAUGGGCAGAAAAAUUUGGAAAACCCACUGAUUGCCUGGCAGGUAAAGUUGUGUGGAUCACUGGAGCCUCUAGUGGGAUUGGAGAGCACAUAUCUCUUGCAUUGGCACGUGCAGGAGUAAAACUUGUUCUGUCAGCUCGAAGAGCAUAUGAACUGGAGAGGGUCAGGCAGAGCUGUCUCAAAGUUGGCAAGAACCUCAAAGAGAAAGACAUCCUGGUGCUGCCAAUGGAUGUACUGGAAGUGGAGAAGCAUAAAGCAUAUUUUCAGCAAGUCAUUGACCAUUUCGGUCACCUGGAUGUAUUGGUAAACAAUGCUGGCCGGUCACAGAGAGCUAUCUGGGAAGAGAUUGAACUUGCUGUUGACAAGGAGAUGUUCAACCUCAAUGUGUUCAGUGUCCUGUCCCUGUCUCGCAUUGCAGUGCAACAUUUCAUGAAACAGAAUGAAGGUCACAUUGUUGUCACAUCAAGUUUGGCUGGCGUGAUGGCAGCUCCCUACUCAGCCAGCUAUAUCGGUGCGAAACAUGCCAUCCAUGGCUACUUUGAUGCCUUGCGUUUAGAGAAGAUGAUGCACAACAUAACUGUGACACUGCUGUGUCCUGGGCCAGUAUUCAGCAACAUUCUGGCAGACAGCUUCACAGGCAGACCUAAGGAGAAAUUUGGCAAGCCAAUGGAGAUAACUGAUCGACGUAUGUCGACAGAACGGUGUGGACACCUGUGUGCAGUAGCAAUUGCAAACAAACUGGAUGAAGCUUGGAUGGCACUACCACCUAUAAUUUUUAUGGUUCAUUUUCUCAUCUGCUACCCUAAUGUUGCAUCACUAGUAACUCGCUUCUUGGGACCCAAGUUCUUCGUCAAGAUGCGUGACACCAAAGUCAGAAUGGAGAUAAAGUCUGAUUAAAAUGAUUACCACAUAAGAUACUAGUCAACCUACAAGAUUAUUACAAUGAUGAAUGAAGACUGGAUUUCACAUAUAGGAUAUAAUGUAACAAGCAAAAGUUAACUACGUUAAUGGUAUGAUGCCAUUAUGACUGAAACAACAUACAGGAUGAUAAAAAAUGUGAAAGUAA